GGGUGACUUCCUGCUUGGUGACGUGUCGCGGCGCUGUGUUCAGGUUAGCCGCGGCUUUAGCCUCCCGGAGCAGAAACGACGUUUCCAAAGUUUAGAAGCGGAUCUUCGGGGGUUUGACUCGUUUCUGUUCGCCUGACUGAUGCUCGGCCGUGCCGAAGAUCGUCUCUGUCACUUCUGUGCGUCAUGAGCUCUCACUCCUGUCUGUCACGUCGGCCGAGCUGCCCAGCUAACGUUAGCCACAGCUAGCUGUUUGCCUGUGUUGUUGACGGGGAGCGUCAGGAUGUACACGCUGCUGUCCGGCUUGUACAAGUACAUGUUCCAGAAGGACGAGUACUGCGUGCUGAUCCUGGGGCUGGACAACGCGGGCAAGACGACGUUCCUGGAACAAACCAAGACCAAGUUCAGUAAGAACUACAAGGGGAUGAACCUGUCCAAGAUCACCACCACCGUGGGCCUCAACAUCGGGACGAUCGACGUGGGAAAGGCCCGUCUGAUGUUCUGGGACCUGGGAGGCCAGGAGGAGCUGCAGUCACUGUGGGACAAGUACUAUGCAGAGUCUCAUGGUGUGAUCUACGUGAUCGACUCCACCGAUGAGGAGCGUCUGUCUGAGUCCAAGGAGGCGUUUGAGAAGAUGAUCAGCAGCGAGGUGUUGGAGGGCGUGCCGCUGCUCGUGCUCGCCAACAAGCAGGACGUGGCUAACUGCCUGUCGGUGCCGGACAUCAAAACGGCCUUCAGCGACUGCGCGCCCAAGAUCGGCAAGAGGGACUGUCUGGUGCAGCCGUGCACGGCGCUGACCGGGGACGGCGUGAACGAGGGCAUCGAGUGGAUGGUGAAGUGCGUGGUGAGGAACAUCCACCGGCCACCGCGGCAGAAGGACAUCACUUAAGAGUCGGCCCCGCCCCCUGCCGCCGCCCCGCCCCGCCUCCUGCGGCCGUGCCCGACCGCGUUUACCUUCCCCUCACCUGAGAUGUGCUCCGGGCGGCGCCGACGGUUCCUCCUCUGUUGUGUUUGCGUGUGUGUGAGCGGUGUGAUCGACCCCUCAGCCGCCGCCAAACCGGGUUUUGUGGUUUGGUGGCGUGAUUUUUUCCUCGUCCUGUUCCCUCCGUGUGAAACUCCCCUGGACUCGUCGUCCCCCUGAGAGGAGGACACACUCUUUUCUUCUCUGUUUUCCUUCGGCUCUGAAGAGUUAAAGUGCGUAAAGACACUACACACAGGACCCGGACGCUGGGAGACGAACCUUUUUCACGCAGACUGACCUGUGCUGGAUGACUUUAUACCAACAGCUUAGCCUGAUAUGUAGACAGUGAUGGUGAAUCUUUCUUCUUUCACUGAGAAAUAGAACAUUAUUGUAAUAAAAAUUCAGAUUUCAGAAAAGCAGAA